GAAGAUAUUUUAUAAACAAUUCAUAUUUUUUGGACGCAAUCUGAGCGCAUGGCUAAUAGUUAUGAUAUACCUAGUUGGGCCGGCAAACCACCCACUGGUCUACAUCUGGAUGUUCUGAAAGAUGACAAGCUGGUGCAAAAACUAAUGGUUGAUGAAAAGCGUUGCUAUUUAUUUGGGCGAAACAGUCAGAUGAACGAUUUCUGCAUUGAUCAUGCUUCCUGCUCACGGGUUCACGCCGCCUUUGUGUACCACAAACACCUCAACAUCGCCUAUCUUGUUGACCUGGGUUCCACACAUGGUACAUUUAUUGGCACGCUGCGGCUCGAGGCAAACAAACCAACUCAACUCCAAAUUAACAGCACUUUUCAUUUCGGUGCCUCAACCCGCAAUUACAUACUACGGGAGCGGCCAUCCGCCGGACAGCACAACAUUAUGGAGGACUUGCCGUUGAACGAGAUUAGUGAUGGGACGCUGCUAGGUUUGCCGGAAAGCCAAACUGAGUUAGAUAACCUAACUGAGUACAAUACCGCCCAUAACCGCCGGAUCUCCAUGUUAGGCAUUGCAGAUGACCCAAAUUUACGCAAGCAAAAGCAGGGUCGCAAAAGGCGCAAUGUCACAUUUAACGAUGAGGAAAUUAUUAUCAAUCCCGAAGACGUUGAUCCUAAUGUGGGGCGCUUUCGUAAUCUUGUGCAGACAACUGUGGUGCCAGCAAAACGUGCGCGCUUCGAACCCAAUCAUAUGGGAUUGCACUCCGGCAGCAGCAACAGCAUAGUUGUUGCGAGCCACGCAGUGAGCGCUCUCUCAGCCAGCCACCAAAUGUUCCAGCAAAGCAUUGUGGAAAUGAAGCAACAGCAGCAGUCACAUGCCAGCGCCCACUCCCCUACAAACUCCUUAUACCAAGGGCUCCCGGCGACUGCCUAUGAUGCACAUGGUUUUAAGACUAGCGGAGGAGACUUUGAGCCCGUUUCACCACUAAGUAUCGGCACAAAAUUAGGAUUGCUAUUGCCGAAUCCAGCCCCAGAUGUUACACCUAUAGUAGAUGAGCCAGUCGAAAUACCUAGUUCAUCAAUAGCCCAAAAACUGGCCAUAGCCAACGCUAAUGUGCAACGCUUUGUGGAAGACGCACACAAUACAAGCGGCGAAAAUGAUGCACUGGGACCGCAGAAAAAGAAAUACGCCAAGGAGGCAUGGCCAGGUCGCAAGCCGAUGUUGGGUCAGCUAUAAGAAAUGUAAUUCUGAUUUUCAAACUGAUGUGUAAUCUAAUCUUGGGAUACAAAAUGAAACUACCCCACAGCUUGUGAUGUGAUGGAUAAUGGUGUCACCUAAUGGACAAAUUUCCCACAUCAAACUCUGUUGAAUGCAUGCUUGUA